AUGGCAAGGGAGUUUAGCGCAGGGUAUCCCUCGGCAGCCCCAUCCGAGCUCCGACGCCAGCACCGAAAGAAAUUGUUGUUGUACGGCGUGGCCUUUGUCAUUUUCCUAACCGGAAUCAUCGUACUCCUCUCAACAACGGUUCUGAGAAUCCGAACUCCACAAUUCCAGCUUAGAUCCGCCACGGUUGAUGCUUUCAACUCCACUAUCAAUGUCCAGGGAACUUCGUUUCCUGAGAAAAAUAACACUACCACGCCUUCAUUCAACGCAAGGAUCAAAGCCGUACUUGCAGUGCAGAACACCAAUUACGGCCCUUAUAAAUAUGAAAAAUCCACUAUCUACUUCUUCUUCGACGGUACGCCAGUUGGGAGUGCCGAAAUCCCAGGUUCAAAAGCCGGUUCUCGAUCUACUGAAAUAUUCAAUGUUGCCGUAAGCCUGGCAGACCAAGCUGGGAAUAAUAGCCAAUUGGAAAACUAUCUGACUAUAGGGUUUCUACCUCUGACUAGCCGAUCGACUUUGAACGGAAAGGUGGAGCUCAUUAUCAAGAAGAAGAAAACUGUUAAUUUGGAUUGUGCCAUGGAUAUUGAUAUCUUGGACAAGGAUCCUUUCAUAUGUCAGACAUAUCUAGUAGAUAGGGCUGCAACCAAAUUGAGUCGCUCGUGA